AUGUGCAGCGCGUUGCUGCCGCUCCUGUCUACGGCAGAGGUGGAGUUCAUGUUCGAAACCACCAGGUCUGAUGUAGUACGGGACGAAAGAGACGGUGGAAGAAUUCGUGGAAUCCGCAACCGCGAGAACAAGACGUUCGUAUUGGGUGCCCUCUUUCCACUUCACCUCCACUCUCCCAACUCGGAGGGUCCUCCGUGCGGGGAGCCGCGGAAGGCUCGAGGGGCGGAGAGGGUUGAAGCGGUAUUGUACGCAAUCGACAUCAUAAACGCAGAUUCGAACUUGCUUCCUGGCGUUGAACUGGGCUACGACAUCCGAGACACUUGUCUCAGUGAAACGGUGGGACUAGACGAGGCCAUUGACCUCAUUAUAACAGGGAGCGACCUCGUCAUCGAGAGCUGCGAUGUAACCGGCGGCGCUGCAAACUCGACGGCGUACGCCGUUGCCCCCACGUCCGGAAUAAUCGGGGCUGCAGGGAGCAGGGUUUCGGUCCCCAUCGCUUCACUAGGCCGCCUCUUUGAAACGCCGCAGAUCAGUUACGCGUCUACAAGCCCGCUUCUGAGCGACCGCACGCGGUACAGCUACUUCUCGUCGCACCGUCCCACCGGACGACCUACAAAAGACACGUACGGCUCCUCAGGCAUCAACGAGUUCGUCAAUGUAUCGGCCGAGAACAGGAUUUGCAUCGAUCUCCGUCGCGGGAUUCCACCGUCUUUUUCCGGUAACGACUUCGACAAUCUUGUUGCGGAUCUUGGCAACUCUCGGGCAAACGUCAUGGUAUUCUUUGCCACGCAAGAUUCCGUGAGGGAAGUCCUGACGCGAGUCAACGCAAACGAUACCCUCAGAAGGAAAUUCACGUGGAUAGCAAGCGACGGCUGGGCCCACUCCAUCGACGUGAUCCACCUGUUCAAUGAUACGGCCGUCGGUGUAUUUGGAGUAACUCCACUCACGGAAUACUUAGGGAGUGUACUGGGCUCUUAUGAGGUUCUUAACUAUCAGGCUUCCUUCUCUAGUACCGGGGACAUAACUGGCUACCAGUUAAGGACUGUUGGGUCCUGGGUUAAUGGAGAACUAACAAUUAUUGUUGAUGACACGGAAUUGCAGUUUGGACUGAACAGUGAUGACAGUUUAAGAAGAGAGCCAAUUGAAUCCCAGUGUGGUGGAUGUAGUCCAGGCAUGUACAUCAGGGAAAUCCCCGGGGCAUGCUGUGCUAUAUGUGAGCCUUGUCUUGGAGCAAACUAUUCGUCUGAGCCUAGUUCAAAGCAAUGCAAUACCUGUCUCAGUACAGGAGACAUGUGGGGAAACAAUCCAUUUUCGGGUAGCAACAGCUGUGUCACAAUUCCUGAGACCUCAGCCAUGUACAGUGACCCCUGGGCCAUCCCCAGCCUCAUUAUCGCCUGCAUUGGAGUCUUGUGUGUGGCUGCCACUGCUGUCAUCUUCGGAGUUUACUGGAAAACACCAGUCAUCAAGUCUUCUAGUCGUGAGCAGAUGAUCCUCCUCCUGAUUGGUGUAUCCUGCAGCUUCAUUCUCCCCUUCUUCUAUGUGGCCCCUCCCUCCAUCCCCAUCUGCCUGGUGAAUCGACUGGGGAUCUGGUUCUGCUACUCUCUCAUGUUUGCUGCACUAGCCGUCAAGGCCCAGAGAGUUGCCAGGAUAUUCUAUGGAGUGAAACGAAACAUCCACUACAAACCUCGGUUUGCAACUCCCAUCUAUCAAGUCAUCUUCACAUUGAUAAUAGUCGCCAUUCAGAUGAUACCAAUAAUCAUCUCUGUGGCUAUUGUUCAUCCUGAUGUGCUGCGUACAUUGCGCUAUGACCGGGACAGUGAAGUUGCCACUAUUCUCGGAGUCUUUAGUUUCAAAUUCCCGAAAAACUUCAACGAAGCAAAGUACAUAUCGUUCUGUACUUUCUCUCUGCUUGUGGUGUGGGUGGGACUCAUACCAACUUACUUCACAACAGAGUCCCAACCAGAGAUCCAGAAUGCUGCCAUCUCCCUGUUCAUCACCAUGAGUGCUUUCGGAGUUCUGUGCUUCAUCUUCGGACCAAAGCUGUUUAUUGUCGUCUUUCGUCCUGAUAAGAACUACGCCACCACCCAACACACAAAGAAAGACACAGAGAAUGGGACCCAGGAGAAACAGUCCCAUCUGUCAACAUCAAAGUUUGAGUCUGAUUAA